GCAUCGUGGGCAAAAACAAAAUAAAAACAUGCCAAACGUGUACGUGCAAAAAAAUUUCAAUAAUCGAAGAAGUUGGACAGAGGACAACCUUAAAAAUGCUAUGGCAGUAGUGAAAGAUGGUUUAAUGUCCGUUAGAAGAGCUUCUUUAUCAUUUCAAAUUCCUCGCAAGACCUUGGAAAGAAGGCUUAACCAUAAUAACGAUAAAAAAGGGAAGCUGGGCCCUGAUUCUUUGUUGGGUACUUCCAAUGAGAUGAGGCUGGUCUUGAAGGAAAAUCAGUUAUUUGACAAACCGAUGAAUAUAUUGAAUAUGGAUGAUUCGGGUCUCCAGCUGAACAAUCGCCCCGAUAAAGUUUUAGCUGAAAAAGGAUCAAAAAGUGUUUCCGCCAUCACCUCUUCUGAGAAGGGAGAAACCAUUACCUUAGUAGCCUGCUGCAAAGCAGAAGGCACAUUCUUGCCCCCAGCAGUCAUUAUGAAGGGUAAUAAUAUCAAAAAACAAUUGGAAGACAACCUACCCCCUGGGAGUAAGCUUUUUAUAUCACUGAAGUUAGCAUACAUGAAUUCACAAUUUUUUUUGUCUUGGUUGAAGGAACACUUCACUUCCAGAAAACCAGAAGGAAAGACACUUCUAUUACUAGAUGGGCAUACGUCUCAUUCUACCUCUGUUGAAAUGCUGGAGUAUGCGAAAGAAAAUGACAUAAUUUUGCUAUGUUUUCCUAGUCAUUGCACCCAUUUCUUACAGCCAUUAGAUAGGGGUGUUUUCAAAUCUGUUAAAAAUACAUUUUAUUCAAACUGCAGACUUUGGAUGAAGCGUCAUCCUGGCAGGCGUAUAACCCGAUACCAGCAUGGAGAAUUAUUAUCUGAUACCUGGGGAAAAUCUGAAACUAUUAAUAAUGCUAAGUACGGUAUCUUCACAUAUAAUCCAGAUGCCAUACCGGACUACGCUUUUGCUAUAGCAGAUUUUCAAAUUGAAACACCAGGCGUGGCAGUUCAAAUUGAAACUCAAAACUUAUCCGAUUCUCAAGAUAGAACCUUAGAAAAUAUUGGUGAUGACCAAGUUGAUGAGCCAGCUUUGAUAAAUGAAGACAACGUAAAAUGCAGGCAAUCGCCCGUGCCUAGAUUAAGGGUUGAAGCUGUAAAAAGACGGUCCGGAUCAGUUGCUUCAGAUUUGACUUGUACAUCAAACAUUGAGUCCUGUCGGGAGAAGUUCAAAAAGAGAAAAGUAGGAAAAGGCGAGGAACAAAAAGAAACCAAGAAAAGAAAAACUGAUGAUAAACCUAAAGUCAGUAGAUCCAAGGAAAGAAAGAUUAACAGCUGUUUAACUGAAUCUGACGAAGAACCCCUCGCUAAUCUUUUGAGCAAAGAAAGCAAAAAAAAAAUAAUAGAAAAGAACAACCUGAAUGACGACAUCGGCAUUGUAGACAUCUGCUUAGUCUGCCAAUAA